AUGACGACGCAUCUAGUGGAGAUGGAAAAUUUUAUAACUGGUGACUUAACUCAAAAGGAUCAAGUAUCUGAUUUUGUUUCGCAAAAGCCGGAUGACAAUUCAAUUAUUGAACAAAAAGUUUCAAUAAGUAAAAUGAAGAAGGAGAUUGAUUGUCCUUCAGAAAUUGCAACCCAGAAAAUGGAAAUGUUGAAGGAUUGUAUGGCUUUAAAUCGCAUUACAAUAAGAAGCAUCCAAACAUUAAAUGCUGGGGAUUUUAAUUUAGCUCAUCGAAGUUUUCAAAGCCUCGUUUCAUCUACUAGUGCUAGUACGAAUAGUACUCUUACUACUUCUAGUGAUGAUACUUUGUUGCCAGAAGAAAGUAAAGAUGAAAUAGAAAUGCAAGAAAAUCUGAGUAUUAAAACUGAAAAAAAAAAUUUUAAAAAAGAAGACAGAGAAGAUGUUAAUGAUAAUAAUUUAAAUCCUGAUUCCCAUUCCGGCAAAGAGCUGUUUGUUGUAGUUUUAAAUGAUGGUACUGGAACGGCAGUUGUACAAGUUAGUGAUGAAGAUGCUAAAAAACAUCAAACUAAUUGUGAAAACUCUUUACAUGAAGAUGAUGAUUUAGAAAAUUUGUUUGAGCCAGAUGAUGUUAAAAAUAUCUGUGACUUGGAAGAAUUAAGAAAAAGUCGUUCCGUAACAAAAAAACCUAAAGAUGAAUUAUGGAAACCGCCAGCUCAGAUUAUCAGAGCUGAAAAAAGAUUGAAAGAAAAUAACGAAUCAAAAUCAUUUCAAGAACAAAAAAAUUAUUCUUCCAAGAAUAGUUGUAAUUGUAAAGAAUGUGAUCGUGAAUUCGAUUACUCCUCGGCAGUAAAUUUGCACAUCCGAAAACAUACUGGUGAGCGUUUUUACAAGUGUCCUAGAUGCAAUUUUUCGAGUUUUUAUUUGGCAAGUAUUAAAAAUCAUAUACGUUCGCACACUGGAGCUAAGCCAUUUAAAUGUUAUACUUGCCGAGCGAAAUUCCCUACUUCUCAAGCUCUUUUGAAACACAAGUAUAACUGUCAUUUGUUAUCACCGAAAACUGAUAAUCUGAGAUGCAGAUUCUGCAAAGAAAUAUUUGAAGAUAAAGCUACGUGGAAAAAACAUGUCGAUAGCCAUAGAGUUGGAGAUUUUUACGCAUGUAGUAUUUGCAAUUAUCAAAAGAAAAAUUCUAGCUCGCUGGAAAGCCACAUGAAUAAACAUGCCAACAAAGAAUUGUUUAUUUGCAACGAAUGCGGAAAAUCAUUUGAACAAAAGGGGCUGCUGAAAGAGCAUUGGGGUUUUUAUCAUAUUUCAUUAUUACGAAAAAAAACAUACAAAUGUACCAUGUGUUCGUACAAUUUCGUACACUUUGAGUGUCUUUGCCGUCAUACUAAAAUGGUUCAUCUUAAAACUACUCCAAAGCGAAAAUAA